AUGGAGGUUGGUGACAAUCUUUUCAAGUCAAUGAAAUCUUUUUUCAGUAGUGGAGAUGGGUUGACCUGGCUAAGCUCGGCGCUGACUAAUUUUGACACGUGUGUGGAGGGUUUGUCAGAGGUUAAGGGUAAUUCUGAUGAAAUAGAGUUGAGGUUGAAGAAUUUUCCUGAGAUGGUAUCGAAUUGUUUGGCCCUCAUUGCAGCGGCGAUGGAGACGGAGGAGCUUGUUCCGGUGACGGGGAGGAGGAUGAUGGAAGUUUCCAAUUUGGAUGAUAUGAAGUUUCCAAUUUUGAUGAGUAGGAAAGAAAGGUAUUUGUUAGAUACGUCGGUGAAGGGAAUUCAGGCUGAUAUAGUUGUGUUCAAGGACGGGAACGGGAUAGUGAAGACAAUAACGGAGGGGAUACAGAAGGCGCAGGAGAACAGCAGGGCCGGCCCUGGGGCAAGCUCAACAAGCCCCCGGGCUAGGGCAGCCCACUCCCUAGGACAACCCAUUUAUUAA